GGCGCGAGGCGGGAAACGGCGGCGCGCGAGCCGGGGUGUCCCGAGCCGGAGCGGCCCUGGGAUCGAACCUGGGAGCGAACCUGGGAUCGGCCCUGGGAGCGAGAGCAGCGCCCCGGACCCGAUCCCUUCCGUGCAGCCACGCCGGGCGCGGGCGCUUCUGCGCGUCCUGAGUGCGGUGUAGCCUCUGGAGAAGCUGCUGUGUGUUGCUACAGCUUUCCGAUGGGGGUAGAAACAGGUGUCAAAAGAUACGAAACGAGGAAUAAGACAGCCGGGACAGGACUGGCGUCACCCAGGUCCCGAGUGGAUUGGAGACGCACUAGAAGGGCGCUGAUACUGCUUGACAGCAGUGACGAAUCCUCAGCCGCCUCUGAGGAGGAGGAGGAGGAGUCGUCUGCCACAUCCGAAAGUGAAAUAAAUGAAAAAGACCCGACGGCUGUGGAGAGCAGUGCCGCAGAUCAGGAGGAGAAAGACCGCCGUGGGGAAGUAGCAGAGGAUGGUGACGAUGAGCGCGUUGUGCCUGGCAGGCGUAAGAGGUUGAGCACCUCUGUCAUGUACGACAGCGAUGAAAGCGAGGGCAGCGACAUACUUGUUAGAAAGGUUUCUGCCAAACGCCGCUGUAUAAUGGAUGACGAUGAGAGUUCUGAAGAACAGCAGCCUGAUAAAACGUGCCCUGCAGAGAAUGUGUCUACUAGUAGGAAACAGAAAGUGCUUGCAAAAUUGAAAGAACUUGUAAGACAAAGUGCAGUUCGGAGAUCCUGCAGCAGUGCAAAUUGUGAGGAUUCUAAUAGUGAAGCAGCAAUAGAGGAGGAACCAUUCUGUCAGUUGCCCCUCACACCAUCAGAAGGCAGUGAAAGUGAUGGUGACAGCCUGAAAGAUUUUGUAGUAGAGGCAGAGGAAGACGAUGAUGGUGAUGACAUUGAAAACACAGAGCAUGUGAAGAAUGAGAAUCAGCCACAUCAAAAGCAACGAAAUCCAUCAAACAGCGAGCUGCUGGCACACUACAUCCCACAGUUAUCUCGCUGUGAUCAUUAUGAACACUUCAAAAGAAUAGUAAAGGCUUUCCUCAUAAAUGCAAUUGAUGACACUUUUCUGAGCUCAUUAUAUGAUGGAACGAGACGAAAGAAAUAUGCACAAGAUAUGCUGCUCUCACUUCAUUAUUUGGAUGACCGCUUCAUUCAGCCUCGUCUUGAGAACUUAAUCUGCAGAAGUCGCUGGAAGGAUCGAUACAAGGAGCGUGUGGAUUGUUACCCAGAUGUUCGCAUAAGCUUGCAAAAUGCAGAAAAUAUGUCUUGUCAGGCCUGUGAACUGAAGCGGUGGUGUAAGUUCAAUGUGUUGCUCUCUGGAAGGCUUUAUGAUAGUAAAACUUUGGAUGUGGAUGACUUCAUGUCAGGUGAUAAACAGGUUUUGAAGGUUGGCACGGUGUGUGCAAAUCGUACAAGAGUUUAUCACAACUUGAAACACUUCAAGUACAAGUUAUAUGUGGCUUGCAGCUCCAUUGUUGAAUUGGAUGGUGUUGAGGAUGAAGCAGUCAAAGACACUGUAGAGCGGCUUUUCAGCCACUUGGAAGAGACUGGGUGGAUUCAGAAGAGAUACAAUGAUCUUGAAGAUUACCUGGAAGAUGCAGACAAUUUUCAAGAAGAGAAAAUUGAUUAAGAGAUCAUAUAGCUCUUUGAAAGACAUUUGAAAAAUGUGAAUGACCUACUUUAUCUACAUGCACUUUAUCUCUGCCUGGACUUCAAGAUUUCUAUGUAGGCUGUUACACAUAAAUUCAUAUGCCUUUAAAUUACUGUUUGAUAAUGUGCUAUAUCUUCUUUUUCUCAUCUGUGUCAAUACAAAUCCAAAGUUUUACCAAAUCAGUCCUUCCAGUCUUACUGCAUUAAUCACUUUAAGUUUCCUACUAUUAGAAAUAUCAGUUCAAUAUUAUUUACUUGUGAAAUAAAACUUCCACCUAUUCAGAUUGAGCUGCAUUGUAGAGAACACAGGAGAUGCUGAGAUCUUUUGCAGUGAGUAUAUUUGGAAAGGUAAGGCUUUCUUAUACCAGAACUUAGGACUUGCAUCUUACCUUCCUUAUUGCUCAUUAUGUGCAAGUAAGCCCAGUCAGUUAGAAUGAUAGUUACAACAAACAGGACCCAAAUGCAAAGAUCUAUUUCUCCUCUGAGGAAUCAGUACAGACAGUUGCAAGGCAACAGAGGAAAUAUUCUGCAGUCCUGACUGCAUUUGCAGCACAGUAGUCAUUCCUCUCUUGAGAAAGUAGGUGAUGAGUCACAGUAUGGGCGUCAUACAGACUGAGUCUGGUUUAGCCAUCUAAAUGAACACAUGGGCCCACAUUGCUGUCUCUGAUAAGUAGCUGGGGCAAUUUACUGAGAUUUUAAACAUCAGGUUACAUUGUGCAAACAUAAUGGCAGCAACUUGGAGUAACUGCAGUCCUAAGAGAAUGGAUUAAUAUGCCCAAGCAAGAUAAGCAAGAAUUCUUCCAGUGUAACUUAACAGAAAGUAGGAAGGACUUAGUCAGAAACAGGAUGCAUGGCUUACCAGAAUUGCAUGAAACCCAAAUCAGAGUAGAUUUUCAAGGCUUUUGGAAGGAUUAAGUAUGGUACUGCCCAUUCUGAAAAAUUGGACAAGAACUGUAAAUGUGUACUCACAGCCCAGAAAGCCAACUUUGUCCUGGGCUGCAUCCAAAACAGCAUGGUCAGCAAGCUGAGAGAGGUGAUUCUGCCUUCCUGCUCUUAUGAAACUCUACCUGGAAUGCUGCAUCCAGCUCUGGGGUCGUGGCAUAGGAAAGACAGGGCAUUCUGGAGCAAGUCCAGAGGGUCACUAAAUUGAUGAGAGGACUGGCUGUAGCUAGCCUGAGGAGAGAGUUGGGGUUGUUCAGUCUGGAGAAUGGAAGGCUCUGGGGGACCAUAUUGCAACCUUUAAGUAUUUAAAAGUUGAGGAGGGGUGGCUACAAGGAAGAUGGAGAAAGACUUUUUACUAAGGCCUGUAGUGACAGGACAACAACUUUUAAACUCAAAGAAGGUAUAG